GGAAGACAGAAGGCAACGCACAAAGCGAGAGAGCGAGAGAGAGAGAGAGAGAGAGAGAGAGGGGAAAGGGAAAGAGAGUGAAAGGCGGAGUCGGAAAGUUGCAAUUUAAACAGACAAUUGGAUUGACUGUUCUCAGACUUGCAUUGCAACCAUGGGGCUGGGAAGAGGGAAGGAUGAGUACAAACUGGCGGCAACCUCAGAUGGCGAAAAGAAGAAAGGCAAGAAAGGGAAGAAAGGGAAGAAAGGCAAAGUGGCCAAGAAGGAUAUGGAGGAGUUGAAAAAAGAAGUUGAUCUGGAUGAUCACAAGUUAACUUUUGACGAACUGAACAGGAAGUACGGAAGCGACCUAACCAGGGGUUUGUCAGCAAUGAGGGCCAAAGAGAUUCUGGCCCGAGAUGGUCCAAAUGCCCUCACACCUCCACCCACACCUGAAUGGGUCAAGUUCUGCAAACAGGUACAAGGUCAAUUCUCCAUGCUGCUGUGGAUUGGGGCUAUCCUCUUCUUCCUGGCUUACAGCAUCCAGGCUGCAUCAGAAGGACCAGCCAAUGAUAACUUGUACCUGGGUGCUGUGCUGUCUGCUGUCGUCAUCAUCACUGGUUGUUUCUCUUACUAUCAAGAAGCCAAGAGUUCAAAGAUCAUGGAUUCCUUCAAGAACUUGGUCCCACAGCAAGCCUUGGUUAUCCGUGAUGGUGAGAAGAAAAGUAUCAAUGCUGAGGAAGUGGUGGUUGGUGAUUUGGUGGAGGUGCAAGGAGGAGACAGGAUCCCUGCUGACUUACGAAUCAUCUCUGCUCAUGGCUGCAAGGUGGACAAUUCCUCUCUGACAGGGGAAUCGGAGCCCCAGACCCGUUCUCCAGACUUCUCCAAUGAGAACCCUCUGGAAACCAGAAACAUUGCUUUCUUUUCCACCAAUUGUGUUGAAGGUACUGCUAGAGGAAUCGUUAUCAACACUGGAGACCGUACUGUCAUGGGCCGUAUUGCCACACUGGCUUCCAGUCUGGAGGGUGGUAAAACUCCCAUUGCCAAGGAGAUCGAGCACUUUAUCCACAUCAUCACAGGUGUGGCCGUCUUCCUGGGCGUGACAUUCUUCAUCCUCUCACUCAUCCUUGGAUAUGGUUGGCUGGAGGCUGUUAUCUUCCUCAUCGGGAUCAUUGUCGCAAACGUGCCAGAAGGUCUCCUCGCUACUGUCACUGUGUGUCUGACUCUGACUGCUAAGCGUAUGGCCAAGAAGAACUGCCUGGUGAAGAACUUGGAAGCUGUGGAGACUCUUGGUUCCACCUCCACAAUCUGCUCAGAUAAAACCGGCACCCUGACCCAGAACAGAAUGACUGUGGCCCACAUGUGGUUUGACAACCAGAUCCACGAGGCCGACACCACCGAGAACCAGAGCGGGACUGGUUUCGACAGGAGCUCUGCCACGUGGGCCUCCCUGUCCAGAAUUGCUGCACUCUGCAACCGUGCAGUCUUCCUGGCAGAGCAGAGUAACGUUCCCAUCCUGAAGAGAGAUGUAGCCGGUGAUGCUUCAGAGGCCGCCCUACUGAAGUGCAUUGAGUUGUGCUGCGGAUCUGUCAACGUAAUCAGAGAAAAAUACCCCAAGAUUGCUGAGAUUCCCUUUAACUCCACCAAUAAAUACCAGCUCUCCAUCCACAAAAACACAACUCCCGGGGAGACCAAGCACCUUCUGGUGAUGAAAGGUGCUCCAGAGAGGAUUUUGGACCGUUGUUCCACCAUCGUUCUUCAGGGCAAAGAGCAGCCUUUGGAUGAGGAGAUGAAAGACGCUUUCCAGAAUGCCUAUGUCGAGCUGGGAGGACUUGGAGAGAGAGUGCUGGGUUUCUGCCAUUUUAACCUACCUGAUGACCAGUUUCCAGAGGACUUUGCUUUUGACACUGAAGAGGUGAACUUCCCCACUGAGAACCUGUGCUUCAUUGGUCUCAUGGCCUUGAUCGACCCUCCUCGUGCUGCCGUGCCCGAUGCUGUGGGCAAAUGCAGGAGUGCUGGAAUCAAGGUUAUCAUGGUAACAGGUGACCAUCCGAUCACAGCCAAGGCCAUUGCUAAAGGUGUGGGCAUCAUCUCUGAAGGCAAUGAGACUGUUGAAGACAUUGCUGCUCGUCUGAAUGUUCCAGUGGGAGACGUUAAUCCCAGGGAAGCUAAAGCCUGUGUGGUCCAUGGUGGUGAACUGAAGGAUAUGACCAGCGAACAGCUUGACGAUGUGCUGUAUUACCACAGUGAAAUUGUGUUUGCUAGAACAUCCCCACAACAGAAACUCAUCAUUGUGGAAGGAUGCCAGAGACAGGGAGCCAUUGUGGCUGUGACAGGUGAUGGUGUGAAUGAUUCUCCAGCUCUGAAGAAGGCAGACAUUGGUGUUGCCAUGGGGAUUGCUGGAUCUGAUGUCUCCAAACAAGCUGCUGACAUGAUCCUGCUCGACGACAACUUUGCCUCCAUUGUUACCGGGGUGGAGGAAGGUCGUCUGAUCUUUGACAACUUGAAGAAGUCCAUUGCCUACACCCUAACCAGCAACAUCCCUGAGAUCUCACCCUUCCUGCUCUUCAUCAUUGCAAACAUUCCUCUGGCUCUGGGAACCGUCACCAUCCUCUGUAUUGAUUUGGGAACGGACAUGGUCCCUGCCAUCUCUCUGGCUUAUGAAGAAGCUGAGAGUGACAUCAUGAAAAGACAGCCCAGAAACCCCAUAACAGAUAAACUGGUCAAUGAGAGGCUCAUCAGUAUGGCAUAUGGACAGAUUGGCAUGAUGCAGGCCACGGCAGGCUUCUUCACAUACUUUGUAAUCCUGGCCGAAAACGGCUUCCUUCCUGUAGACCUGAUAGGGAAGCGGGUUUUUUGGGAAGACAGAUACGUGAAUGAUCUUGAAGACAGCUACGGACAGCAGUGGACAUAUGAGAGUAGAAAGAUCGUGGAGUUUACCUGCCACACAGCCUUCUUUACCAGUAUCGUCAUUGUCCAGUGGGCUGAUUUGAUCAUUUGUAAGACCAGGAGGAACUCCAUCAUUCAUCAAGGAAUGAAGAAUCGCAUCCUGAUCUUCGGUCUGUUUGAAGAGACAGCCCUGGCUGCCUUCCUCUCUUACUGCCCGGGGAUGGAUAUUGCUCUCAGAAUGUACCCACUCAAGCCAUCUUGGUGGUUCUGUGCCUUCCCUUAUUCCUUUAUCAUCUUCCUGUAUGAUGAAGUCCGAAGGUACAUCCUUCGACGCAGCCCAGGCGGUAAGACCGUUAGCAACGCUGCUGUUUGAUUUCAGAUGCAAUUA